UAAAUGAAGUCUGCCUAUCUCCGGACCGGAGCCCCUCCCCUCGGCCCGCGCCAGAGGAGUGUGACCCAAGUGCCGCUUCCUCCCACUGCUGAGGGUCAGAAGCCCUCCAGCGCGACCCUCGCCACCGCUCCGUCCCCUCCCCUCGUCCCCUCGGCCUCUGCCUGGCUCGCGCCCAGGACCAGCGGGCGAUGAGCAGCCUCAACGGCACGUCGCCGCCCCCCGGCUCCGAGCUCAGCCCAUUGAUAGCCUUCACCGUGAUGGACAUCGCCAUCAUUGCAGGUGUGGUCGCCGCUGUGGCCAUCGUUCUGGUCAGCCUGAUCUUCGUUGUACUAUGCUACGUGUACCGGCACAAGGGUACAUACCAUACCAACGAGGCCAAGGGCACGGAAUUUGCUGAAAGUGCAGAUGUGGCUCUACAGGGUGACCCUGCCCUCCAGGACGCCGGUGACAGCAGUAGAAAGGAGUAUUUUAUCUGAGGGACAUGAGACCUCACCUCCCUGAGUGCCUCCUCCAAUUCCACAAAGGAAAAUGCACCCCACCACCACUACCGGCAUCACCAGGCAGACCUGCCUCCUCCCAAGAUACACACCUAGAAUACUAGGUGCCUGCUUGGGGAGGAAAAGAGGAGGACCCAAGAUGCAUGAAGCCUCUCCCAGGGACCCAGUGAGGCAGCGGCCACCCACGAGGCCAGCCUUUGUUCUGCCAGGGAGAAAGGAAGAAUGGGCACACGGGUCUCUCUGGGCAGGAU